CAUGCAAUCGCCGUCGUCAAAAUGAAAUUAUUAUUAAAUAAUUUGUUAAAUUUAACAAAAACGUUUAAACAAUUUAAUAACCCAGCAUCUUUGCAUUUACUGCAUCAACGGAACUAUUGUGUUGCUGUAAAUAAAAAUGAUGAAAAUCAACAGGAAAAUAUAGCCAAACAGAAAAUCAAGGAACAACAGUCUGCCCAACAGAAAACUUUAACUAUUGCAGUUAUAGGUGUUCCAAACGCCGGUAAGAGCACCUUUAUAAAUAAUUUAAUAAAUCACAGGGUAUGUCCAACAUCCAGCAAGGUGCACACUACUAGAAAAUCGAAUAAGGCCAUUUAUACAACUGGUCAAACUCAGCUUAUCUUUUAUGAUACACCCGGUUUGGUAACGCAAAAGGAAAUUAACAAGCACAAAUUGGAACAGUCUUUUAAAAGUUCUUAUCGUCAUGCCAUUCAACAUGCUGAUAUGAUUGCCGUCAUGCAUGAUGCCUCAAAUACCUGGACACGCAAGGAAUUACAUAGCACAGUUAUUGAUAGCUUAAAAGCGUAUCCUCAAUUGCCUAGUAUACUUAUAUUAAACAAAAUUGAUGCCUUGAAAUCGAAACGCAUAACCCUCGAGCUAAUACGUCAGUUAACGAAUAACACCUUAACAGGCUUAAGGAAACAAACAAAAUCUAACAAAAAACGUUUACACGAUGAUAGCACAACAAAUACAAAAGAUUCCAUAGUGGAAUUUGGAGACCUAAAUAAAAUUGAAGGCAGUUGGAGUAACUUUAGUGAAGUAUUUUUGGUAUCAUCUAUAACCGGCAACGGCUUAAAUGAAGUUCACGAUUUCUUAAUAGAAGCAGCUAAAACCAAACAAUGGGAAUAUUCAAGUGAUACUUUUACCGAUGAAACUCCUGAAGAACUUAUAGUUGAAAGCGUAAGGGCUCGCCUAUUGGAUUAUUUGCCUCAAGAGAUACCUUAUACUUUGAAAACAUCCAUUGAAUAUUAUAGUGUAGAUAACAAUACUAUUUACGCUUCGGUGGAGGUAAUAUGCCCUAGUAAACGUAUUGAACGUCUAAUAUGUGGCGAAUCGAAUGGCAGAUUAAGGCAAAUCACUGAGCGUGUUACAUCAGAUUUGGUUGAAACUUUUGGUAAGCCUAUAUCAUUUACUAUUGCCACCAGACCCAAAGAAAAAGCUAAAGAGACCAAGGAAAACUAGAGUGAGAAAUAAAAAUCCUCUGGUAAUUAAUUAUUAAAGAUUAUAUUGUUAUUUGAAUGAAAA